AUGCAGCUUUCAGGUCACCGUCAUGAAAAAAAUGUAAACAACUACAGCUCUGUUUCUAAAGAGCAACAGAAGAAUAUGUCAUUGAUACUGAGCUCAAAGUCUUCAAUAUGCAAUGCCGCGAGCAACGAAAACAACAAUGCUUCACGCACUGCUGCAACCACCGCUUUGACGGCCGAAGCAGGGGCUUCGUUCAUAAAAACCUCGAUGUUUCCUUCUGCUAGUCCCUUCAGUGGAGCCGUAUUCCAUGGUGGACAAUUCAACAUAACUACAAACGCUGUGAACAAGUCACCAGGCACUUGUUCAGGUGGUUAA